AUGGAGCGCCGCCUCCACCACCUCGCGCUGCUGCUCGGCCUCCUCUCCUGGGCGGCGGCGGCCGCCACGGGAGCCGAGGCGCAACCGGUGUGCGACCCCUCCAUCAUCGCCACCCAGAUCGCGCUCUUCUGCAUGCCGGACAUGCCCACGGCGCCCUGCUGCGAGCCGAUCAUCGCCUCCGUCGACCUCGGCGGCGGCAUCCCCUGCCUCUGCCGCGUCGCCGCCCAACCGCAGCUCGUCCUCGCCCGCCUCAACGCCACCCACCUCCUCGCGCUCUACGCCUCCUGCGGAGGACAGCACACCGGGGGCGCCCACCUCGCCGCCGCCUGCCAAGGUCCAUCACCUCCCGCCGCCACCGUUCCCGUGAUCGCCCCGCCGCCGCCCGCCGCGCCCCGCCACAAGCAGCCAACACGUACGAACCCGCUGUCAGCUGCUCUGCUCUGUGCUAUUUCUGCUUUAACUUUUCGCGUGCUCUGUUUGAUCGAUCCGAGAGUUGGACUAAUCCGUGCGGUGUCUGUUUCUGUUGUGAUGAUGUUUCGCAGGCGAGGCCCCACCCCGCCGCCACAGAGCGAGAAGCCGUCCCCGUCGCCCCAGCAGCAGCCUGGCGCCGCCGCCGCCGCCCACGGCAAGGCCAUCCCCACCAGCCCGGCCGCCUCCUUCACCCAGCUGGCGCCGGCCGCCGCGCCCACGACGCCCACGCCACCGCACUCCGGCUCCGACAAGGGGCCCAUCGUCGUCUCCGCCGAGUUCCUCUUCUUCGUCAUCGCCGUCAUCAUCAUCGUCCUCGACUGA